CCCCGCAGCACAUGACCCGCCAUGGAGGCGCUCCGGCGCUGCCCAGAAGUUUGGAGCCGGGGGAGCGGGCGGAGGCUGCCCGACAGGCGACGGCGGCGGGCGGCGCCCAGGCGCGGGCAGCGCCGGGCUGCUCAGCACCCUGCCUGACCUGCACCUCGGAUGGAGGCGUCGCUCGGAGGAAGCAGGGACGGUGAGGUGGCCCUGGGACGGUAGCCAAAGCGAAGUGACACCUCUCUAGUGUGGCCCGGCCGCCCGCCCCCGGCGGGGCAGGCUGCUCUGCACUUCUGCUGUGUUUUUGAUCCAGGAGAGUGUGGGCUGCUGCUGGCAGCUACAGGAUGAAGUCGCCUCCCUGCUGCAUGUCUCUUUCUUCCCAAGCAUCCCUGGAGGAACCGGGGAGUAGCACGUCCCUGGGCUCCCUGGACUCCAGUGUUUUCUCCAGUGAGGAAGAGCAGGGGCCUGUGCUCCACAAGGUCAUUCCCUCCUUAGACUGCUUUACUAUCAAUGUGGGAGGCAGCCGCUUUGUGAUGUCCCAGCAAACUUUGUCUUGCUACCCUGACACCCGCCUUGGCAAACUGGCCGUAGUGGUCUCUGCUGCUCGGGAUGUGGCCUCUGGCCUCCUUGAGCUUUGCGAUGAUGCCAACCUUGUGGAGAAUGAAUAUUUUUUUGACCGGAGUUCACAGGCAUUUCACUACAUCCUGAAUUACUACCAGACAGGGAGGCUGCAUGUGAUGGAGCAGCUUUGUGCACUCUCCUUCCUGCAAGAGAUCCAGUACUGGGGUUUGGAUGAGCUCAGCAUCGAUUCCUGCUGCAGAGACCGGUACUUCAGGAGAAAGGAGCUGAGUGAAGCCUUAGACAUCAAGAAAGAUGCAGAAGAACUGGAUGCCCAGGAUGAAGAAGAGGACUUUUCUGGUAGCCUAUGUCCCAGUGUCAGACAGAAACUUUGGGAAGUUUUGGAAAAGCCUGGCUCCUCUGCAGCAGCCAGGACUUUCGGCACUCUGUCCAUGGCUUUCGUUGUUGUGUCCAUUGCCAACAUGGCUUUGAUUUCAGUAGAGCUAAGCUGGCUGGCACCACCACUACUGGAUGCCCUAGAGUACCUGUGCAUUGCAUGGUUCACAGUGGAGUUUGUUCUGAGGUUCCUGUGUGCACGGGAUCGGUGUCGUUUCCUAAGGAGUGUGGCAAACAUCAUAGACCUCCUUGCUAUUUUACCUUUCUACAUCACCUUGCUGGUGGAAAGCCUGUGUGGUGGGGAGAGCUCCCAAGAACUGGAGAAUGUGGGGCGCAUUGUCCAAGUUCUGAGACUGCUCAGAGCCCUGCGGAUGUUGAAGCUGGGAAGACAUUCAACAGGCUUGCGGUCUCUUGGAAUGACUAUAGCACAGUGCUACGAGGAGGUUGGCCUUCUGCUGCUUUUCCUCUCUGUAGGAAUCUCUAUAUUUUCCACUGUAGAGUACUUUGUUGAGCAAGGCGUGCCAGGCACAACUUUCACAAGCGUACCUGGUGCUUGGUGGUGGGCAACAACUUCCAUGACAACUGUUGGUUAUGGUGACAUUAGACCAGACACUACCAUUGGUAAGGUAGUGGCCUUUAUGUGUAUACUGUCAGGAAUACUGGUUUUGGCUUUGCCAAUAGCUAUAAUAAAUGACCGUUUUUCUGCCUGUUACUUUACACUGAAGAUAAAAGAAGCUGCCCUUCGGCAGCGUGAAGCUUUAAAGAAACUCAUGAAGAACUCAUCCAGCGAUUCAAAUAUCAAUGUUAAUUUGCGAGACAUAUAUGCACGCAGUGUCAUGGACAUGUUACGGUUAAAAAGCAGAGAAAGAGCAAGUACAAGGAGCAGUGGAGCAGAUGAUUUUUGGUUUUGACUUUUAUUAACCUUGUAUAGCAAAUAAACUCCUUCAGAAAUGUAGUAUUAAGCAUCUUUUUUUAAUUAUUAUUCGCCACAUAGUGUAUUUGCUUUUCCAGCUGGAGUUUUACUUACUUGGACAGACUGAGAUAACUAUUGUAUACAAAAGGAAGCUCUGAAGCCUGCUUCCAGAACAGGAUUGUGGUGGGUGAGAUGGGAAAUAAUGGGUCCAUCAAAGUAAAAUAGCGAUGUAAACACUUGUCUAUGAAUCUUAUGUCCUUGCUAAUGUAUAAUAAUAAAGUCUUAGUGAAAAUUG